AUGCUCUCGUCGCAUCGCAAAGCUGACAUCAAGAACGAUAAAUCACAGGCAAAAAGAGCACCAGUGCUGAUGAGGACCAACCACACAUUGAAUUCACGACCGCAGCUGUCGGAUCCGUUGACUUUGAAGCAAGGCAUGUACGGCACCACUGUCCCAGCCCAAAGUGCCGGGGAUGGGCACGCCGAGGAUUUCGAUGGGACUCCCGAAAGUUCGCCCCAGGACUCGGCUCUAGCAAAGGCAAUGGCGUGGCUCCGCGACAUGACCAUAUUCAAGGCCAUCCUGAUCAUCUAUUGCCUCAACAUCGUUGCCUGGGGAGGCAUGAUAUUUCUCUUACUCUGCAACGCCUCCCCGGCAAUGUGCUAUCCAACCUGCAACGACAUCAACUCGCCUCGCCGCAAGUGGAUUGAGAUUGACUCUCAGAUCCUCAACGCCCUAUUCUGCGUUCCAGCGUUUGGGCUCUUCCCACGACGAGCCCUUCAGGCUUGGCAGCUUCUCCAGUUCGUUGUCCGUGGAGAUCUAGUGGCCCUCCGUUGCCUAGCUGGCAGGUAUCGGACAUGGUUCCGGCUCCCAGGCUCUCAGAUGCUCCCCGCGAGCGUCGGCCCCGACGAGGUUGAGAACUGGCUGUCUCUACCUUCUGCGACGCUGAACAUCCUACCACUCCCCGUGCGGCGUAUCCCUGAUGCGCCGCCGACCGGACAGCGCGCGGCGACGACAUCCGUUCGGAUGCUGGGAGCGGUAAUUGGACUAAACAUGAUGAACACUGUGUUUCAAGCCAUUCUUUCCGGGUUCAUGUGGGGUUACAGUAGGCAUUCCCGGCCGGGUUGGUCCGUUGGGUUAUUCUUGUGUCUGGCAUUUGCUGCUUCGACUGGCGCCGGCGUCUUGGAGUUCCUCGAGGGGAAGAAGGUUAGGAGAGUCGAGGGCCGGUACCGCCGAUACGCCUUCAUCGCUACUGCUUGA